AUGAGGGCAGCAGUACGGAAGGAGUGCAGAAGGUGUGUACCAUGUGCUACUCGAAUGGGACCAGGUGUGAAAACUAGUCCUCCAUUACAACCAAUUCCGGUUGGAGGACCGUUUCACCGUGUCGCUGUAGAUGUGCUUACCUUGCCACACACGACUCGUGGAAAUGGCUACGUUGUUGUUUUCGUCGACUAUCUGACUAAGUGGCCAGAAGCCUUACCAACGGCUGACCACACAGCAGAAACCAUUGCACAAUUGUUGUUGGGUCACAUUAUUUGCGGGCGCGGAGUGCCUGUAGAAUUAUUGUCUGAUCGCGGACCCGACUUCCUGUCCCAGCUUAUUCGAGAGGUUUGUCAGCUCGCAGGGAUAAAGAAAAUCAAUACAGCUAGCUACCAUCCACAACCGGACGGAGUUGUUGAACGCUUCAACAGGACGCUGACCAAUAUGGUGGCCAAAUACCCUAAUUCAUGGCCCUCAGUGGGACAAGUACUUGAACUGCUGCUUGUUUGCUUAUAG